AUGUAUCCUACAUUCACCGGGAACACCAAAUCCAAACGUCAAGUCAAUCUAUCUGGACGAAAUAACAAUCCGUUCGCCGCUUAUGGCUCUCCAAAGCCUUCCGCUACUAUCCAGACUUCCCAAAAUCCUGUUACACACGCAAAACAAGAGCGAGUCCUCAGGGAGCAACAGCGGCAACGUCCCCCAGCUGCUACUUGCAUACAGCGGACCUGGCGGGGACACAGAAGCCGGAAGGAGACUCGAAAGAUAUGGAGGCAGCAUUGGGAUUCACUCGAGCGGUGGAACACACGAGAGAUGUCGAACACGUCGUACGAAACCCCUGCUCAAUGUCUACAACAGUUGAGACUUCUCGCCCAGUUUGCUUCACCGAGAUCGGAAGAAGAUAUACGGCGGAUCCAGCACUUUGGGAAGAGAUACCAUGCAUUCACUUGCAAUGGAUUCUCGAUGAGCCAAGAAGCUUGCAACUAUCCAACGUUCUCUUUGGGGAAAACGGUCGUCAAAGCCCUUCGCAACCACAGUGCAAAGACCUAUUCGCCGGAGAUUGUGACUUCGCUUCUCUACCUGCUUUCAAACCUGACAGCUACGGCUGCUCCAUUUCUGGCCCUACAUUCACUCGAGUACUAUGAAGCGGUGUUGGAUGCGGCUCGAGCUCACGCCGAGCCUAGUGCUAUUCAGUCCGCGGUGGUUGAGCUCUUGGUGCGGGCGAACACGCGUUCCGAGGCAGCAUACGAAGGCUUCGCCUGGGCAUAUCUGACACAAGACCAGUUACCUGGCUUCGCUGAUAAUCUUCGAGAUCUGUCUUUCCGUGUUGAUUAUAGGCUCCUAGCCGGUGCCCUUAGCAAAUCGCUGGCUAACAAGUCAACUAAAGAUUUGUUACAGGCCGACGUAGAUGAUAGACUUCUCUGGCUCCUCUCACGCUUCAUAUAUUUCCAUCGGAACUCUACUGGUACCGUGAAAACUCCGCUUCAGCCUGAUACGCAUUAUGUCACAAUAGUAUCAAAACUUAUUUCCACCCUAGCCGACGACAUUGGUCGCCGUAUAGACGCGGUCGAGCUUUUGGAUAACCAGGUCGUCAAUGGUGAAUUACAAGUAUCGUCAGCGAAGAGGCUGCCAGACUUCAUACGUUCUCAGAUGCUGGAUCUUAUAAGCAAGGAAAGUGUUUCUGGACUUCUGACAAGGCUAGAGUCCGAUAGAGCAACACCUCGAGCUCCAGGGCAUACCUCAGAAGCCUCGACCCUGGCAAGCUAUGUCCUGACGCUGUUGAGGGUCUUUCCCAAGCGAAGAAGCGAUAUCCAAUUCUGGCUCUACCGAGGUUCAUCUGUCACACGACGAAACGAUCGACAGGUUCUACCAGCCACUAAAUACUUUUACGAAGCAGCGAAAUCGACACAGGUCUUCCAGUCUAUCUUCAAGGACCCGCAACAAGCGAUUUCUUGUCUUUCCACAAAUAAGCAGAAUGUUCGUGGUUCUAUCAGCGUACCUACAGCCAUCAGAGAAACAAAAGAUCAGGAAUGGCGGGUGGUUCUGCUAUUUUUAGAGCUUUACACCUUCAAUCUCCAAGUCAUGGACGACGACGAGUUCCUUUCAGGAACCACGGAUCCUUCUCCCGAUGCGUCAUGGACCAGACAAAGUGCUUUGCCAAUGUCACACAUAGAAAGUCUAGCCGUCUUCUUGAGGAACCUUGCAUUCGCUUUGUAUUGGUACUCUUCCGAAAUAGCAGGCGAGGACAGAAAGGAGGCAAGUCAAAGCAUCGGUUCCUAUUUUAGAAAGAUCGAUUCUCAUCCGGGUGAUAUGGACGACUAUUCAUCAAUCAAAGCAGAGGAAAGAGAAGUUGGCGAUAUCAGUGGUAUGACGGUCACGUCGGUGAAGGGACUUGUUGUUGGUGUGCUGCGAAUGAUCUAUGAGCGAGAGUAUGUGUACCCCCCUCUGAAGCUCCGGCAUUCCUUUCUAAAUUUCACUAGUUCAAGAAGGAAAUUCCUUCCCAAGAAUCUGUGGCUUAUGACAAGAUACUUUGAGAUGGACAGGUUUAUUUCCUCAGUUGUAGAGGAAGAGGAACACGGACGUCAGAUCGAAGAAUCAUAUGAGGAAGUCGACGAACCAAUAUCGAGAAAUUUCGCUGGGGCUGGGCAUGAUUACGAUGACCACAAUCAUUAUGCCGAUGAUCCGCAACUUGUCGGAACGCAUAGAGUUCAACAACUUCGAAAUAUGGAACGCCUCAAAGCGCAGCAAAGAAAAGCUUCGAAGCGAAAAUAUCUAGAUUCUGUGACGCCGCGUCUCCGAAUCCUGGAGAACAUGCCUUUCUUCAUCCCCUUCCACACCAGAGUGCAAGUUUUCAGACAAUUUGUGGCACUCGAUCAGCAACGUCGACGAGGUACCACUGAUGCCGAUGAGUGGCGAUAUGCGAUGAUGAAUUCCCCGACUGGGAAUAUCAGCCGACAUCGUGCCACUGUGCGUAGAGAGCAUGUUUUCGACGAUGCAUACAACCAGUACUACGACCUGGGCGAAGGGCUCAAGGAACCCAUACAAAUCAGGUUUGUGGAUCAAUUUGGAACCGUAGAGGAAGGCAUCGAUGGGGGUGGCGUAACGAAAGAAUUCUUGACUAGCGUCACUGGCGAGGCUUUUGCGGCAGCUCAUGGUCAAGAGUCGCUCUUCGUCACCAACGAUCAACAUUUACUCUUCCCAAAUCCGGCAACGGUAGAAGAGCGAAAAGAGACGAUGAGGAGAGCUUUGUAUAAAGAAGGGUCUCCAGACUGGAACGACAAUGUCCGAGAUCUGCUUCGAAGGUACGAAUUUCUGGGUCGAAUUGUUGGCAAGUGUCUCUACGAAGGCAUUCUUGUAGACGUACAUUUUGCCCCAUUCUUUUUGUUGAAGUGGGCCCUGACUGGAGGGACUGGAUCUGGCAGCAAAGAGACCGGUUACAGGGCUAGUCUGAAUGACCUCCGAGACUUGGAUGAGGGAUUCUAUCAAGGCCUUCUCGAGCUCAAGAAUUAUCCGGGUAAUGUGCAAGAGGAUUUUGGCCUUGAUUUCACCAUCAGUGAGACACUCAAGCUGUCUCCGACUCAAACCAAGACCAUCACUCGUGACCUUCGCCCGGACGGCUCCAGCACUCCGGUGACCAACGACAAUCGGCUCGUUUACAUUGCAGCUGUGGCCCGCUAUCGCUUACAACAGCAGCCUUACCUUCAGACCUCUGCAUUUCUAAGCGGUCUUGGCACCAUUGUUUCUCCCAACUGGCUUAGUAUGUUCAAUCAAUCGGAGCUGCAGACUCUUAUCGGUGGCUCAGGCACGGAAGUCUCGAUAUCUGACCUGCGUGCCAACACGCAAUACGGUGGCGUGUAUGUCAUCGGUGAUGACGGGAUGGAGCAUCCUUCUAUCGAGCUCUUCUGGAAGGUGAUGCAAAGCUUGUCGUCAGAAGAUGUGGCAAAGGUACUGAAAUUCGUAACGAGCACGCCUCGAGGUCCGCUCCUAGGAUUUGGAAAUCUCAAUCCGCGAUUUAGCAUCAGAGACUCUGGUCCGGAUCAGACCAGAUUACCGAGCACGAGCACAUGCGUGAACCUGCUAAAGCUUCCAGUCUACCACGACGAGAAAACGUUGAAGGAAAGGCUGCUUUAUAGCGUCAAUGCUGGGGCGGGAUUUAACCUGAGUUGA